AUGACUGUGGUGCUGUUAGAAGAAGAAGAAGAAGAAGAAGAAGAAGAAGAAGAAGAAGAAGAAGAAGAAGAAGAAGAAGAAGAAGAAGAAGAAGAAGAAGAAGAAGAAGAAGAAGAAGAAGAAGAAGAAGAAGAAGAAGAAGAAGAAGAAGAAGAAGAAGAAGAAGAAGAAGAAGAAGAAGAAGAAGAAGAAGAAGAAGAAGAAGAAGAAGAAGAAGAAGAAGAAGAAGAAGAAGAAGAAGAAGAAGAAGAAGAAGAAGAAGAAGAAGAAGAAGAAGAAGAAGAAGAAGAAGAAGAAGAAGAAGAAGAAGAAGAAGAAGAAGAAGAAGAAGAAGAAGAAGAAGAAGAAGAAGAAGAAGAAGAAGAAGAAGAAGAAGAAGAAGAAGAAGAAGAAGAAGAAGAAGAAGAAGAAGAAGAAGAAGAAGAAGAAGAAGAAGAAGAAGAAGAAGAAGAAGAAGAAGAAGAAGAAGAAGAAGAAGAAGAAGAAGAAGAAGAAGAAGAAGAAGAAGAAGAAGAAGAAGAAGAAGAAGAAGAAGAAGAAGAAGAAGAAGAAGAAGAAGAAGAAGAAGAAGAUGAUGAU